UUGAGUAAAGAAUGUGUAAUGUCCAUAUUACAAGAAAUAACAGAAAAACUGGAACCAAAGCAAAAGAAAGUGUGUGCAAUUUCUCCUCUCAAUCAAUUAUUGGUAGCAUUAAGAUUUUAUGCAACGGGAAGUUUUUUUUUUUAGAGUUUCGGGAGAUUUGUCUGGUGUACAUGAGAGCACUGCUUCACGAAUCGUUACGAAAGUACCAAGGGCACUUGCAUCUCUUUAUAAAAAUUAUGUUACAUUUCCAACCGGAAACAAGCAUUUAGAAACACAGAGAAAUUUUAUGCAGCAGAGUGGAAUUCCUGGGAUCAUAGGGGUUAUAGACUGUACUCAUAUUCCGAUUCAAUCCCCAGGAGGAGACAGUGCCGAAUUAUUUCGGAACAGAAAACGUUAUUUUUCAAUUAAUGUUCAAGCCAUAUGUGAUCAUGAAUUGAUGAUUACAAAUCUUGUUGCUAGAUGGCCUGGGAGUACCCACGAUAGUAGAAUAUUUCAAAAUAGCAACAUUUGUGCACGGUUGGAAAGAAGAGAAAUUCAGGGAAUUAUAAUAGGGGAUAAUGGAUACCCACUCAGACCAUACUUGAUUACUCCAUUACUCACAUGUAGAAACAGGGAGGAAAGGCGUUUCAAUUUUGCACUAUGUAAUGCUCGAGUGAAAAUAGAGAAUGUAUUCGGAAUAUGGAAAAGAAGAUUUCCAUGUCUACGACAGCAGUUCCGACUUAAGUUAUCAACAAGUUUACUGGUUAUUACAGAGUGUUCUGUGUUAUACAACAUUGCAAGGAAAGCUGCUGUCCCUGUCCCUGAAACAAAUUAUGACAAUCCAGAUGAUGUUCCAGUUCCCGUGUUACCAAACCAAAAUCAAGGAGGACAAGCUCUGAGAAGUAGCAGUGUGUGUGGCAGUGCUGGAGGUUGACGUGGACAAAUCUUUUCUUGAAUGGGAUGAUUGUGAGGAAUCCUUCUGCAAGUUUGCAUCAUCACUUUCCUGUGGCACUUGUUCCUGAAAUAAAAUAAAA